CCUUGUGAAAUCGAAACGUACCUUCUGUAUUAGUAACUGUGAUUAGGUAUUUAUUUCACAUUAAUUGUGCCUGUUUUUUAAUUCAUUUUAUAAAGAAGUUUUGAAGUACUUGUUACAGUGUUAAAUCUUUGCGAUCUAGUGACCAGCAUAUAAAAGCGUCUUGAUAAAUUUUGUUUUAGUGUCGCAGAAUAAUGAGUGAUGCAACAAAACAGGAGGUCAGCAUAGAAUCAGACUCCAGCAGCGAGUCGUCGUCAGAAGAUGAAUCGGCUCCAGUUGAAAGUAUACACAGAUAUUACUAUGAUAAAGUCGUUGCGGAGUCCCUUGCGGAGAAUAUGUAUGUUCUAUCGGUGGAAUCGGACCUCGAUGACGACGAGGAUGAUUCGAGCCAGUCAACCUCUUGUAACUCACCACCACAGCCGUUUGAGUUAGAAGAUUAUUCAGAAGAUGAUUCCGAUAACUCUGAAAACGAAGAUAAUAUACCUGUAAGGGUGCACCGCCGCGGCUUGUUCCCGAAUAGUCCACAAUGGUACGCUUACUUUAGACGAUUCUUGAGUGAACGUCAAAUAGAGGACUUGUGGAAUGUUACCGAUUGGGUAGACAAAUGGUAUUGGGAUGACAGCACCGAAACUGAACCUCCAGAGCGUCCGUUUUUUACGGACUCUUUCGGUCUUUUUUAAAAACACACUUGGCUAAAUCAUAUUAUUCAGUAUUUUCCCUUAAAAAUCAUUAACAAACUCAUAAUUUUCUUUAACGUCAACUGCCUGAUUGACCAGUUGCAAUUUGCGAAUUAUACAAUAAUGUUAUAUAUACCCAUAAAAAGUGUUCAGUUGUAUACUUUUUAAGAGGUUAGGUUAUAUUAUCUAACUGAAUUUAAAAUAUUUGUAAUGAAUUAGAAAUAUUGUGCUUAGGAAAAUUGUCAGAACA